AUGAACAUAAACGUUUUAAAUAAUGAACAUAAUACAUAAGAAAGCUCAUCAGUACAUGAGGGAUCUGAACAUUAAUAGCCUUUAAUAUUAUUUUUUGUAUUUUUCGGUUUAUUUUUCGGAGGAAUUCUUCGAUAAGUCAACUAGGCCACAAAAAUUCCAUAUACACCAAUGUUAAUAAUUUUAGGAAUGAUAUUUGCAGCCUAUAGAAAUGAACUAGGUUUUAUUGGCGAUGCAGUUAAAAUAUGGAGUUAAAUAAAUCCUCAUAUGAUUCUAUUUAUAUUUAUUCCAGUUCUAAUCUUUGAAAGUGGUUUUAACUGUGAUUGGUAUGUAUUUAAACGUGCUUUAGUUAAUAUCAUACUUUUAGCAGGUCCAGGAGUAUUUAUAGGCGCUACAAUUCUUGCCAUAUGUAUAAAAGUUAUCCUUUCUUAUGAUGAUAUUACAUGGUAUGGGGCACUUACUAUGGGAUCUAUUUUAUGUGCCACAGAUCCUGUUGCUGUGGUUGCUUUGUUAAAAGAAUUGGGUGCUUCCGUGCAAUUUAAUACAUUAAUUGAGGGAGAAAGUUUACUAAAUGAUGGUACUGCAAUGGUUUUUUACUAGGUUUUCAUUAAUUUAGAAAAGGGAAGAAGUUCAAAUCCUGUUAGUGUUGUUCUUGGAUUUUGCAGAACGUCUUUAGGAGGACCUUUUUUAGGUAUUGUAAUGGGGAUUUUAGGAUCUUAUUGGUUAAGAAGAAUCAUUAGAGAUGACGUUUUAACUUCCACUGUUACUUUUAUAGUAUGUUAUAUUUGUUUUUAUUUAGCUGAAUUUACAUUUUUAGCUGUUUCAGGAAUUCUUUCUAUUGUAGUAUUAGGAUUAUUUAUGAGUGCAAACGGAAAAGUAAAAAUCUACCCAGAAAGUGAGCAUGCAGUGCAUACUGUUUGGUCAUUUGCUUAAUAUGUGUGCGAAACUUUAAUAUUUUUAUUAACAGGAUUACUUAUUGGGGUCGAAAUAGUAGGACAAUCCACUAUUACAACUUCGGAUUGGGUAAAAUUAAUUGUUUUUUGGGUUUUAAUGAUAAUAACAAGAUAUUUAAUGGUAAUAAUACUAAUGCCUUUUUUAAAAUAAUCUGGAUACCCAAUAACUUAACAGGAACUUUAUGUUUUAGUCUGGGGAGGACUAAGAGGGGCUUUAGGAUUGACUUUAUCCUUAAUGGUUUUGGUAGAUGAUGAAAUCGAGAGCGUUAGAUUAAAACAAUUGACGGUUUUUUAUAUGGCAGGGACGGCUACUUUAACUCUUUUGGUUAAUGGGACUACUUGCGGGGCUUUAGUAAAAUAUUUAAAUAUUGUGGAAACUACAGCUAUUAAAAAUAGACUUUUGUAAAAUACAGUUAAAAAUAUGAUAAAUAACUGCGAUGAUAAAGUUAAGUCGUUUAAGGGAAAUAAUUUUUUAUAAAUGGCAGAUUGGAAUAAGGUGGAGAAAAUUUCAGGUUUGGAAGAAAUUAAAAAUGAAAUGUAUAGAAGUUAGGAAGGAGUUAAUAUUAGUUAAAGAAAAUCCACUUAUACAGGAUUUAAUAAAAAUGAAGUUUUAUAAGAAAUUAGGUUUAGAAUGCUAAGAUCUAUGAAAGGAUUAUUUUGGGAAAAUUACGAGUGUGGAUAAUUGAGUGCUAAUGCAAUCAAAUUACUUGAUGAAGCUAUGAAUAGAUCAUUGGAGCAUACAUAGAAACCUUUAAAAUUAUGGGAUUUAAUAUUUGUUAAUUUUUCUGAUUUUUAAACCUUGAAGUUUAUGUUUGCUGUAAAUAAUUGGAUAAUUAUAGGUUCAAUAGCUAAAACAUAUAUUUUAUAGCAUUUAUCUUUUGUAUAUGAAGUGGUAUCUUGCUUUAUAUAAACAGCACAUGAAAUUGAAGAAAUAUAAAGUUCUUUACCUAUAUCAUAACAUUUUGUUGCUUAAAUAGAUGAGGAGCUUAAUUUAAGUGUGAAAUUAGCCUAGCAUUAUUUAGCGGAACUUUCAGAUAAUUUCCCUCAAAUAAUAAAAUCUAUACACACAAAAAAGGCUGCAAAUAGUAUUAUUGAAGCUUAAAAACAUUUUCUUUUGGAUUAUAGAAACAAAGGAUAUAUAGAUAAUAAUGAUUAUAUACAUUAUAGAAGUAAAAUAGAUAAAAAGGCUUUAAUGUUAGAAAAUAUGGAAUUCGAUUUGGUUUUACCCACAUUCUAAUCUAUUUUAUUAUAGUUCCCAGUAUUUAACUCUUUAACAGAAGAUUAAUUAAAACUAUUACAAUAAAAUUAAAAAAUGAAGUCAUUUGAAGAGGGGGAAGAAAUUUAUACUAAAGAUGAGCCUUUUAGACAUAUUUAUAUAAUAACACAAGGAGCUGUAAGUGAGUAAAUAACCUAAAACUUCUCUUUACAUAUAGGAAUUGGAGGAAUUCUUUCAUAUGCACAUUGUGUAUCAGAUUCUGAUUAAAAAAGCGUUUGUACAGCAAAAGCUUUGACUCAUGUAAAGUGUAAUUAUAUUCCUUUUGGAAUUUUUAAGGAAAUUAUGAGAAACAAUAGAAGUUUUGAAUAAAGGGUUUUUAUGAAAAGUAUUAUUUAUUUUGUUAAAAUCAAUCCUGAUAAAGCAGGACCUUUAAAAAAUUUAAAUGAAAAUAAUUUAAAUGAUUAUUGUGAAAAUGCUGAAUUUUUCUCUUUGGCUAAUACUUAGAAUAUCUUAUUUGAAAACGGGGCAUAUAUUAUUGCUGGGUCUAUGAAAAAUUCUAGAAGUUAAGAAGUUUUGGAUUAAUUCACAUAUAUAAAUCCAUCAAAUGAUAAUUUUGUAGCUUUAGAAGAUGUUUAUUUGAUUAAGUUUAUUGAAUAAGUUGUUAAAAAAAAUAGAUAGACUGUUAUGGAACAAGUAGAAGAUGUUGAUUAAAAUAUUGGUUUCUAAAUUAAAAAUAUUAAAGGAAAAGCAAAAGAUGUGGAAAUGGAAUAAAUUUAAUUUUGA